AUGGCUGCUUCUUCUUCUGUUGCCCGCGCGGUCCGCCAACUGGCUUUUGUCGCGGCGAGGAGGCCCGCGCCGUUUGUGUCCCAGAGAUGGCAGCUGCAGGCGCAAAAGCAGCGGCUAUUCUCGGUAUCUGCCGCAUUAAAGGAGAAGAAGUACACAGAGGACCAUGAGUGGAUCGAAUUGUCCGCCGACGGCAAGACAUGCACCCUGGGUAUCUCGGAAUAUGCCGCCAAGGCCCUCGGCGACGUUGUGUACAUCGAGCUCCCCCAGACCGACAUGGAAGUCAGCGAAGGCGACGCAAUCGGCGCCGUCGAAUCCGUCAAGUCGGCCUCGGACAUCCUCACGCCCAUCAGCGGCACCGUAGCAGAGGUCAACUCGGAGCUCGAGAAGACGCCCGCGAACGUCAACAAGGACCCCGAGGGCGACGCCUGGAUCGCAAAGAUCACCGUUUCUGGCGAGCCAUCGGGCAAGAUGAUGAGCAAGGAGGAGUACACAGCCUUCACUGAGGACGCAUAG